ACUCAAGAUGCACCCGAAAGAGCCCGGGCAGGGCCUCGUGGGGCACCGCUUCAGAACCCGGGCUCCAGCGGGAGUCACCCCCGCACCCCCACCCACAGCCCAUUCCUCUCCAGAGCCCUCAGCGCAGCCUGCACCCGCCCCUGCGCAGGCACUGACGGAAGGACCGCGAACGGGAUCCAGAUCCCCAUCCGUCUCGGUACCCGCCCCCGCCGGAGCUCGCCCGACCUCCAAGGCUGGAUCCCCGACAGGAACACCGCGCGCGUCCGCAUUCGCAGCCGCCCAGCGGAAUGCCCAGUUUGGGCCCGGCAACUCGGACGCGCAGUGGACUCGCUUCACAUUCCGAGGGCCCUUUGGUCCCCGGGCCACUGGCCUGGGGACUGAGAAGGCGGCGGGCAUCUGGAAGACGCCGGCUGCCUACAUCGGACAGCGGCCUGGGGUGUCGGGCCCCGAGCACGCCGCCUUUAUUCGGGAGCUGGAGGAAGCGCUGUGCCCUGACCAACCCCCACCAGCCGGGAUCACCCAAGAAGAUGUCAAAGUGAUGUUAAAUUUGCUGAGAAGCUGUUAUUCCCCGUGGAUGGGGGUCCCUCUGCAGAGAGAGCGGGACCUAAAUACUGCAGUUUGCAUUGGCCAGUCCCUGGUGAGACAGAACAGUGUUCUGAUGGGGGAGCACAGCAAACUGGAAGCCAUGCUGGGCUCAGCCAGGGAGGACAUUUUACACCUCAGAUACCAGGUGAGCUUGAGAGAUGACCUCCUUCAGCUCUACUCAGACUCUGAGGAGGAGGAGGAGGAGGAAGAAGAGGAGGAGGAGCCGGAGGAGGAAGAGCAGCAGCACUAUCAUUCCUAUGGAGCCCCUGAGCCGACUUGUCUGCGGGAGAUGGAGGUCCUACAUGACUGCCCGCAGCUAGAAGCCCUGCAGGAGCAGCUGAGGGAGGAGGUGAGCAGGAAGAAGGGGCCUGGAAGCAAGGAAGGGAAGGAGCCGGGAGCUGCCAGAGACCAGGCGCUGAGGCACCGGGGCCAGGCCAGGGGCUGUGCUGCUACUUUUACGGAAAAGAGACCAAGUGAGGAAGGCGAAUCCUGCAAAGACGGACCCCCCCCCCCCCCACCCCGCACAGGAGCUGAGGGGCGGGGUGGACAGAGGCAGUGGGAGGGCCAGACUGGUCCCCGAAGGCCAAGGGGACCGGAGCCGACCUUCUGUCCCCGCUUGUCGCCAGGCGAGGCCAGCCAGCAGAUGGCUGAGCUGUCAGAGGUGCUGGCGCUCAGGAGGGAGGCCCAGGACCAGUAGCAGAGGGAGGUCACCCAGCUGCAGGCCCAGGUCCUGAAGCUGCAGCAACGCUGCCAGUCGCUGGAGGACCUACGGGAGAAGUACACGGAGCGUGGGGGCUUGCUGACCCAGGCUCAGGAGGAGGUGAAGACCCUCCGCCAGCAAGCGCCGGCGUCCGCUGACCCUGUCACCCGCUACACACACGCCGUACCUCUGGAGGCCCUUCCUGGUUUUCAGGAGGCCCUGGCUGAGGAGCUCAGAAGGUCUAUAAGGAUUAUCUCGGACCCUGUGUUUUUUAUGGAAAGGUGCGCUGCUGGGACCCCCAGGCCCUUGCCUGACCCACACUCACUUUCCCAGAGUGGGGAGGGGAAGGGGGGCGCUGGGGGCUCUGCCUGGGGUUGGCCUUCAGGGGCACGGAAAGACUUUCCUGUCUCCCUGCCCAGAUACAGGCUGUGCUGCAGUGAGGUGCAAGAGCACCGGGGCUUAGAGGCUGAGAAGGGGUUACUGACAGCAGAGGAUUUUGUGGCGGAAGAUUUUGUGCCUGUGGAGGAAUUGGUGCCUGAGGAGGAACUGGGGGCCACAGAAGAGGUGGCGUCAGCUGAGGAGGGGGCAACAGAAGAGGCAGAGCUGGUGUCUGAGGAGGCCGAGGCCUGGGAGGAGGUGGAGCCGGAGCUGGAUGAGGCAACGCAGGGGAACGUAGGGACCUCAGCGCUGGAGGCUAGCGGCUUGGGCCCCUCUCACCUAAACAUGAAGCGCGUCCUCCAGCAACUGGCUAACUGGCUGGAUGCGCGUUAUAGUCGGCAGUUGAGGCUGAAGAUGCUCCAGAAAGGUGAGUGCUCCCACAGGGGCCUCCCUCCGGCCAGCCAGACCAGCUACAGAUCAUCAAUGAAAGGUGAGGGUAGGUGAGCCCCCCAAAUGCUCACUUACCCCAGCUUGGCCUCACCCAGUGUGAUGAUUUGCAUGGAAUUUGCAUAUCAUUUGCAUAGGCACCUCCAGGUUCCUUCAGUGGGAACUAUGGCCCCAGGGCUCAUUUAUGUGGAAUUUGCUUAGGAUUCCAGAUCUCUACCCCUUUUUCGCCUGGGGGUCUGGGCUGAAGGUCAUGACUAGGACUGCAGCCCCCUACUGUGCCUCUGCUUCCCGUCUCUGCUGCCCCCUUCUCCCUGUCUCCCACUCUGCCACCCGAUCCCCGAGGCUCCCCAGCCCUGCAGUAGUGACAGCAACAGGUACAGGGAGCGGAUCAGAGCAGCAGCCCGGGGUGCUGACCCAGCCGUUUCAGAGGCUGGAGGAGGACUGGGCCAACCAUCCUCCCAGGGCCUGGGAGGAAGAGGGGUGUUCUGGGGCCACCCAGGCCAUUGGGACAAAGGCCUCUGCCAGCAAGGGUCGCAGCUGGACCAGCCCCCUGGGUGAGUCUGAAGAUGGGCUGGGUCUCCUCCAGGGUGCCGGGGGUAGGUCAGGGUCUCCUCUCCCCAGCUGGAAGCCCCAAAGUUUGGGGAGUUGCACCUGCUGAGUGUGAGCCCUGCCUUCAAGGAGCUCACAGAAACACCAAAGGUGAUUUAGUGACUGGCAUUGUUUCCUUUAGUCCUCGCACCCCUGAAGGUAGCUGUUACCAGCCCUUUGUUAGGUGAGAAAACUGAGGUUUGGAGAACUUAAGUAAGAACUUAAGAUCAUUUAAGAACUUAAGAACUUAAGAUCACUUAGCUGGAGUGGGUCUGAGCCUGUUCUCCUCACUCCUAUGCCAGAAUGACUUUUCCUGGCCUGUCCCUCCCCUCUGACCCUGUCCUGGUGUCUGCCUGGCCUGCUCAUCAGCCGUGAAAUUUGUAGCCUCACUGGCAUGUGUGGGCUGCCCCCACUCCAGUGGCCGCUUGGUCACUGCUGGGCAGCCUCAUCAGGGUCACCGUGUAAGGUUGUGCAGUUUGGAAACUGAACGGUGACCUCUUUGGCCAGCCAGUGGGCAGCCUGUAAAACUAUCAAUCGCGGCUGUCUUUCUGAUACAGCGACAAAGCCUUGGCCCCUGCCUGCUGUCCAAGCCCUCAGUUUACCCCUCCCUUCUCUUCCAGGCUUUGCUGGUUCCCAGCAGCCUGCAGAGGCCCCACAGACAGCCUGAGGCCCCUCCUUCAGCUGCUUGGCCAAGUCCCACCUACCCCAGACCCUCCUUCCCAUCCUCCCAAACAGGACCCCCCUGUCUGUCACCGGCCUGCCUUCUGUCCCCAUGAACCUGGGCUGGGGCUUGAGGACCCAAGCCUCGACCCU